AUGAGCCAACCUCCCAGUUUCCAACACCCCUCCAUUCCCGACCAUGUGUACAAGUUACACCGGUCCCUCUAUGGCUUACGGCAGGCUCCACGAGCCUGGUUCACUCGCCUCCACAAUUUCUUAAUUUCUCAUGAUUUCAUUGAGUCCAAAGUUGAUGCCUCACUGUUUAUUCAUCAUACAUCCUGUGACAUCACCUUGCUACUUAUCUACAUCGAUGACAUUAUCAUCACUGGAUCCAACUCAACACUCAUUGAACACUUCAUAAAUGCUCUCGCCUCUGAAUUCUCCAUAUGGGACCUUGGACCUCUCCACUUCUUUCUUGGGCUAGAGUCACAACCCACCUCUGAUGGCAUCAUUCUAUCUCAGUCCAAGUAUGCUUUGGAUCUCCUUCACCGUGCCAGAAUGGCAGAUGCAAAACCUUGUACCACUCCUAUGGCAGCUACCAUUAAACUCUCCACUGAUGACUCUAAAGCCUAUGAUGAUCCUACAUUAUACCAUAGUACUGUGGGUGCUCUGCAGUACUUAACUAUGACCCGUCCAGAUUUGGCUUUCUUAGUAAACAAGGUUGCUCAGUACAUGUCCAAGCCCACUGUUAAUCAUUGGGCUGCUUUAAAAUGUAUCUUACAUUACAUUAAGCACACCCACACCCUGGGUCUUCACAUUCGCCAUUCUUGCUCCACUCAACUUCAUGGCUACAGUGACUCAGAUUGGACCGGGUGCUUAGAUGACUGA